GCAAGGGAAGAUGGUGGCGCCGGCGGCCGCCGCGUGGUUCCCGUCUCAGGCAGCGCCUGGCCCCGGCCGUCCCGAGCCCGCAGAGCGCGCCCGGCACCGCACCGCCCCCUGAGAGCGCCCUGUCCGGCCCGCCAUGCCGCGCUCCCGCCGGGCGCACGCAGCCCGGAGGGGCGGCCGCGGAGCUCGGAGCAGUGCCAAGGCAGAGUCCCAGGCCAGCGACGAUGAGGUAGCCAGUGAAGUACUGAGUCACUACAGCAGUGCCAGCGAGAGCACCAGCGUCGCUGAGGAGGGGGCCGGGAGUGAUGCUGUGGACGAGCAGGCCCAGCAGGAGGAGGUGGAAGACAAACUGAAGGAGUGCAUUGACAACGUGACAGACAAGAGCACCAGGACCCGGCAGGUAGCCCUGGAGAGCCUGCGGCUGGCUUUCUCCUCCAAGACACUUUUCGACUUCUUGUUGGAACGCAGGCUCACGCUCACAGACUCCUUGGAGAAGUGCCUGAAGAAAGGUAAAGGGGAGGAGCAGUCUCUAGCUGCUAGCGUUCUCACACUACUGUGCCUUCAGAUGGGCUCGGGCCCCGAGGGGGAGGAGGUAUUCCGCAGCCUGAAGCCCCUCCUCAUCAGUAUCCUGACUGACUCCUCGGCCAGCCCCAUCGCUCGCCAGAGUUGUGCCACGGCCCUGGGUAUGUGCUGCUACAUCGCUGCUGCGGAUGUGGAGGAUCUGAUUUCCUGUCUUGCCUGCCUGGAGGGCAUCUUUGGCACUUCCUGCCCAGAGGAGGGCCGCUCUGUCCCCACCCACCACAGCCCCCUGCUCCAGACUUUGCACUGCAACGCCCUCCAGUCCUGGUCCCUGCUCCUUACCAUCUGCCCCAGCUCCCAGAUCAAGAAGAUUCUGGACAAUCACCUACUGAAGCUGCCGCUGCUGCUGUCCAGUGACAACGUCAACCUGCGGAUUGUGGCGGGUGAGACCAUCGCGCUGCUCUUCGAGCUGGCCCAUGAGCUGGAGGAGGAGUUCUUCUACGAGGACACGGACCUGCUGUGCACCAAGCUCAAAGCCCUGGCCACCGACAGCAACAAGUACCGGGCCAAGACGGACAGACGCAAGCAGCGCUCCAUCUUCCGCGAUGUGCUGCACUUCAUUGAGAAUGGCGAGUGCCAUGAGGAGACCAUCAAGUUUGGCCUGGAGUGCAUGUACGUGGACAGCUGGGUCAGGAGGAGAAUGUACAACGCCUUCAAGGAGGUGCUGGGCUCCGGGGUCAGGCAUCACCUGCAGAACAACGAGCUGCUGCGUGAGAUCUUUGACCUGGGGCCUCCUCUGGUGCUGGACGCUGCAGCUAUCAAAGCCAGUAAGAUCUCCCGCUUCGAGAAGCACCUGUACAACUCGGCCGCCUUCAAAGCCCGGACAAAAGCCAGGAGCCGUGUGCGCGAUAAGCGAGCCGACGUCCUGUGAUGGAGGCUGCUCCCUCCACCACCUCCUGGACAACCCACGGACUGCAGACCCUGACCACUGUGACACAGGGGAGGAGCUGGGGGGUGGGGCUCUUGGCCCUCCCAGCUCAUCAGCUCCCGCCACGCCCCUCACCCCAAAUCGGGGGGGCUUUUAGACAUGUACAGACUUGUAUUUAAAUGGUGUGGCUGGUGGAUUCCAAUGAGAGGGCCAUGGGGCGGUUUUAGUUUUUUAACCCCAAAAAUGUAAGCGAGGUUUGGGUGUGGGGGAAGCUCCCCGCUUUAGCUGGUGAUUUUAGCCUCCUCCGGCCACCCCCACUCCCCACCCCCCCGCCCUGCUCCUGCGAGCGCAUUGGGCCUUCCAGGUGCUGUCCCAUGGAAAUGCUGUGAAUCAGUGCACAGCCUGGGGGGCAGGCUGGAGGCAGCGGGGAAGGGAGGAGGUGGAUUUUCAGCUGAGUGUCUUGUUCUCUCCCCUGCUGUGGGAGCUGUUUGGCUUGGCUGGGUGAAGUGGGAAUUGGCAAUUGAAGUGGCUGGUGAAAUGCUGAGCGUGUGGCAUUAGGAGGGACUGUUCCCCCUCCACUCUCCUUGUUCCUCAGUUACCCCCCCAUAGCACCCAUGUUCAUGCCCUGCUGUCCCCAAUACACAAUGGUUUGCAUUGGGCCCUUCCCAUGUGCACAGGCCAACCAGCUCUUCCCCUGCCCUUCCAUCAGCAUGGCUCAGGAUGUCCCCAAGGGCCUGUGGGCCAUCAGCAGCCACUGGUUUGAGAGAAAUCCCCAACCACUGUCAGGAUGGAACUAACAGAGCCCUAUGGGGGUAGGGCCAUUGCUGAGGAGCUGCUGCUCCCCUUGGGUGCUCUUGUUUUGUAGGGUGGGGUCUUGGGGUUCAUCUCCCAUAGCGAGAUGCAGGGAAGGACAGAGCUUGCAGUGGGGAUUGCUUGCUGAGAGGGGUUGAUGCAGUCCCUAGUGUUACCAGUGAGUGGGAGAUGAGAGUCCGUGUCUCUCCCCCCCGGAGAGAAGCCGGAGAUCUUGGAGUGAGCGGCAGCCUGCUCGGGGCCCUGGGCCCCUGGCUGCUAGGAGAUGAGGAUGGGGAUUGUGGGUGAUGAAGAAAGCAGGGCCUAGAACUGAGCACUGGAGCAGGCUACCAGCACAUAUUCCCCCAGCUCUGUCCCUGUUGGACAGAUCUCACCCCGUUAGCCAGGUCUGACUCAGUCUAAUAGUAAUUAAUGGAGUGCACUGCCUGGACUAGCCCCAGCCCUGUCUGCCCCCCACCCCCACCCCAGAGCUGAGAGAAACUGAGCAGGUGGGAAAGGUGAAACUCACCAUGCUGAGGGAGCAAAGGUCCACCGUGGGGGCAGGACAAGCUUUGUAAAGGCUCAAUGAGGCAUUGCAGGGCUGGGAACGUGCUUGCUUUAACCAGGCAUUGUCUCUUUAAAAAUCCCCUUUAGAAGUGAUUCUUCCUCUUCCCCCACGCUGACCCCACCCCCAAAACACAGGCAGGCUUAGUGGGACCCAGGGCCGGCUCUAGGCACCAGUGUCCCAAGCAUGUGCUUGGGGUGGCACUUUUUCAAAGGACGGCAUUCCGGCCCUUUGGGGUGGCACUUUUUAAGGGGUGGCACUCUGUCCCCCACCCCCCUCGUUUUGUUUUGUUUUUUUGCUUGGGGUGGCAAAAAACCUGGAGCUGUGCCUGGUGGGACCCUACAGCAUGUGGUGGGAGGGGAGGGUCCCCUGUUUCUGUAGUGCCCCCUCUUGCCGUGCUUGCGGGGGGGAAGGCCAGGAAACACCCUCCCUCUGCCCUCCCUGAUGAAGACUUGCCCCUGUGAGGGCUGCAAUUUCACUUUCUUCUGAGCCCUGUUGCCUGCCUGUUGGGGGGGCGGGCCCCCACCCAGAAGCAUCUCAGCUGGAGUGCUUUGAAGGUGGCUCCCUGCCUGGGGUUGAGAGGCCUUCCCUAUGGUCUCCCUCUGACAGCACAAUGGCCUAAGAGGCCGAAGCUGGUCCAGGUGCUGUCUGGCUAGGAAGAUCACAUCAACUUCUCGCUGCUGCUCUGCUGGACUGGGCUCUGCCAUAGCCAGGGGGCACACAAAACAACUGUGCCAGAGGGGGAGAAGAAAGACAGCAGGGGCAGAGCGAGGUGGGACAGGACAGCAGCAUGGCCCAGCUCAUGCUCUGGAUCAUGGAGGGAUGGGGACUUUGCUGAGGGGAGCCUCAGCUCCCAGCAGAGGCUCUGCUUGGGCCCAGGGCCUCCUGGUGCUGCUGUUUUCAGAGACGUCUUCCCCCGCCCCCAGGCCAUUGGGGUGCUCACCCCAUCCUACAGGGCUUCCCUGGAACGGAUUGCUCGAGUGAUUUUAUAACAGGGUGAUUAGCAGAGAUCAUUAAAAGGCAAAUGGCUGG